GGCUGUAGGCGCGGAGCGCGCGCGCCCCGCCGAACCUUUCGGAAGAGUCACGUGGCUCCUGCUGGGAAUUCCCUCCGCAGAAAAGUGUGUCUGUGUGUGUCUUUUUUUUUUUUUUUUUCCAGCAGUCUUUCAGAGACAUUAAUUUACGACACACGGUGUGGAAACGAUGUCACAUUGAUUUCACAUCGCGCUGCUGAAGCUCCGCGGCUCUCCACACACUUGGGGAAAAAGAAAUAAUGAAUUAUUUUUGACUCUUCGAUUGAUUGAUCCUUUGCAGAAGAUCCUCGUGGCGGCGCGAGGGGCUCGCGACGUCGUCGACAGAGAAAGACAUCUGUGGAGGAGGAGGAAGGCUGCGCGUGUGCGUUCUGAUAAAAAAAUAUAUAUACAGAGAGUAUAUAACGACGAGAGCGAGACGACGAGAGUGUCAGGCAGUCAGUGUGCGCGCGCGCGCGGAAGAGACACUUGGAGAGACACCCGCCGCGGGACACUCCGCACUUUGGGCCGAGAAGAACCGCGCUCCGCUUUCCUCGGCAGACAGCAUGAGUCAGUGGAAACAGGUGCAGCAGCUGGACAUCAAGUUCCUCGAGCAGGUGGACUACUUCUACGAUGACAACUUCCCCAUGGAGAUCCGCCAGGUCCUGGCCGGCUGGAUCGAGAGCCAAGACUGGGAUAUGGCCUCGAACCACGAGUCCAUGGCUUCGGUUCUUUUCAGCAACCUGCUGACCCAGCUGGAGCGGCAGUGCACCCAGGAGUCGAAUUUCCUCCAGAGACACAACCUGAAGAGGAUCCACCAGCAGCUGCAGGGAAAGUACAAAGGGAACCCGCUCCACAUGGCCGCCGUCAUUUCCAACUGCCUAAGGGAGGAGAGGCGCAUCCUGUCCACGGCCAGCAUGCAGGAGCAGGGCCCCCUGGAGAAGUCCAUGCAGAACUCAGUAGCAUUCGAGAGACAGAAGAACCUGGACAGUAGGGUGGCCAUCAUCAGGAGCAGUGUGCAGAUGAUGGACCAGGCCGUCAAGUACUUGGAGGACAUGCAGGAUGACUUUGACUUCCGUUUCAAGACCCUGCAGUCUCGAGAUCCGGCGGAGAGGAACACGCUCUACAUGAAACAGGAAGUGACGACGCUGCAGGACAUGCUAAACGGUCUCGACUUCAAGAGGAAGGAGAUCCUCACCAAGAUGACAGACGUCAUCAAGGAGAUUGACGCGCUCAUGAGCUCGCAGCUCACACCGGAGCUCAUGGACUGGAAGCGGAGGCAACAGAUUGCCUGCAUCGGGGGGCCGCUCCUCACCGGACUGGACCAGCUGCAGUACUGGUUCACGCUGACUGCCCAGAGCCUGUUCCAGAUGAAGAGGCAGCUGGACAAGCUAGGCGAGCUCAUCCUGAAGGUGACCUACGACAGCGACCCGAUUCCACUGCAGAAGCCCCAGAUGGAGGAGCAGGUCAAACGGCUCAUCUACCACCUGAUCAAGAGCUCCUUCGUGGUUGAGAAGCAGCCCUGCAUGCCCACACACCCCCAGAAGCCCCUCAUCAUAAAGACCCAGGUUCAGUUCACCACCAAGGUCAGGCUGCUGGUGAAACUCCCUGAGGUGGACUAUCAGCUCAAGGUGAAGACAACGUUCGACAAGGACCUUCCCCCAGGCCGAGUGAACCGACAGUUCUUUAUCCUGACCAACAACACCAAGGUCAUGGACGUGGAGGAGUCGUCCAACGGCUGCCUGUCUGUAGAAUUCAGACACCUGCAGCUGAAGGAGCGGAAGUAUAUAAAUGGACCAAAGGGCAAUGAGGGGCCUCUGACCGUCACCGAAGAGCUCCACUCUCUCAGCUUUGAGGCGCAGCUUAGCAUUCAGGGCCUCAACAUCGACCUUGAGACUUGCUCCCUUCCUCUGGUGGUCAUCUCCAAUGUGAGCCAGCUGCCUGGGGGCUGGGCCUCAGUUAUGUGGUACAAUCUGCUCACCGACGAGCCCAAAAACCUGUCCUUCUUCAGCAACCCGCCACGUGCUGGGUGGAGCCAGCUGUCCGAGGUUCUCAGUUGGCAGUUCUCCACAUUCGCUGGGCGCGGUCUGACCCGGGAGCAGCUCAGCAUGCUGGGAGACAAACUACUGGGCCAACAAUCCUCCCAUGGUGACUGCCAGGUCUCUUGGUCCAAGUUCUGCAAGGAGAACAUCCCAGGGAAGCCGUUCAGUUUCUGGAUGUGGCUCGACUCCAUCCUGGAGCUCAUCAAGAAGCACCUGCUGCCAGUCUGGAUUGACGGAUACAUCAUGGGCUUCGUAAGCAAAGAGACGGAGCGCGCCCUGCUGAAGGAGAAGGAACCAGGCACCUUCCUGUUGCGCUUCAGUGAGAGCCACCUGGGGGGUAUCACCUUCACCUGGGUGGAGCAGGCUGAGAACGGGGAGGCCAAAUUUAACUCGGUGGAGCCGUACACCAAGAGCCGCCUGAGUGCGCUGCCCUUCGCCGACAUCAUCCGUGACUACAAGGUGAUCUCGGAUGGGAACGUUCCGGAAAACCCACUCAAGUUCCUCUACCCAGACAUUCCCAAGGACGAGGCCUUCGGGAAGCACUAUAACAGCCAGCAGAGCAAAGCCUUCCCGUACAUCCCUUCCGUCUUGAUCCCCAUCUCCUUGGUGCCGAGCGCCGCCACGCCGCCCCCGUCCUCGUCCCCGGAGCCGCCCAUGAGCCCAGGGAUGUUCGACAUGCUGAAUCAGCACCUGGACCCGUUCGAGAUUGAGACAGCGAUGAACUCCCCGUACUCUGAGUGACGCGGCGACAACCCGGCGCCUGAACCCACGGAUGCCACCAGGAAAGUUCUCACGUGUGGGGGGUGUUGCCAUGCAGCGUACAAACACACAACCAGCACACGCCACACUCUCAUCCUUUCAUUCCUGCCCUGCUGCAAGAUGUGACCGUGCUGAUUCUUUUCGUGCAUUUUUUUUUCCAGAACUUGUGGCCCAUUUCACCAUUGUUCGUUUACACUUUUUUAUAUUUAGUGUAUGCGCCGACUGAAGUAUUUGGAAGAAAUACCAGUGUUUUCAGGUGAACUGCGCUGUGAAUAGCACUCAGAUUUUAAUGUUGCAUAUGAUAUGAAAAUAAGGAAAAAGUAACAAUCAGCUGCAACGAUGUGCUGUUAGCAGUAAGCGCGGCUGUAACCUGGUCCUUCAGAGCCAAGGAGAAGCUGCCCUGCAGACUGAACUUGAACGAACCUUGAUGUGGCAUCAGCCCCAGGAAUGUAUUAUGAAUUAUGAUUGUAUGUGUCUUUACACAAACCGCACAGAAAGAAGGAAUGAAGCCCAGGAACACCAUCAAUUUCCUGUCCAGUGCCAUUUCCUCACACUAGCACAAAUUCAUAAAUGCCCUUGUUUGUGGAAAUAUCUGUGAACAUUUUUGCAAGUGCCUGUCUUUUGUAGUGCUGCAUGUAAUGAGUGAAGUUAUUACUAAUAUUAAUGUCACGUCUGUUGUCAAGUUUCUUUUAUGUAGAUAUUUUAAAGCCCAGUUAUAAAUGCUGCCUUCUUUGCAAAAACUGUUUACAAUGAAUGUUAUUUUACCAGUGAUAUAUUCCUUUGCUCUGUAUUAUUACACUUUUUAUAACAUUUUAAACAUAUCUGACAAAAUGCUCCCUUUUCCGAGAUCAGCAUUCAGGAAUUAAAAUAAAUGUUCUGUUUGCAACAUCUUCAUGUUCCAAUGUUUCCGUUAAGACUCAUUAUUGUGGUGUAAACAUCGCGGACAAGUUGUGUGUCGGUCCAGAUGCUGAAGAUACAGUAAGGAGUUCAUUUACAGUUUAUUUACAUCUUUCUCUUAAACUAAACUCUUGUCACUCUUCUUGCCGCUCUGCCGUACUGUUUGCCCACUUUGGAAAGUACCUUCAGGACUCGUCCUCCACGUUCGAUGCCUGCAGACAUGCUACCGUUCUGACUGGACCUCACUUACAGUUACCGUGGGUGAUGGGAUGAGAAUCCAUCUCUUUCUGGUGCAGAUCUAUGGAGAUAAGGGACCGAGAGAGCGGCCUGUGUUUGUUGGAGAGCUGUGACUCAGUCGUCUCUGCUCGUGUGAUUUACUGGAAACACCCACAGUAAGGUGCACUGCUGGAGUCGGUCCCCCUCGCACACACAACAGCAAAGGAGGAGCCCUGCAGGCUCCGGCGUCUCGCUUCGUCUGGGACUGACACUGCUGCUGUUUCUGAGUGCAGAGUGUAUGUAGUGUUUACUCUCCUU